AUGAAUCUGAAUCUUUCAGCCUCUCUGAAUGUGUUCAAGCUUCUCUCCAGACCAUCGUUAUGUCUCCCUCAUGCCACCAUCGCUACCUUUAAUGACCUACCCAUUCCUCUGGAUUCGGCUUUCAAACAAAAAGGACGAGAUGUCGACAUCAGAGCAGUGGUAUUAGACAAAGACGACUGCUUCGCAUAUCCUGAGACCAGCGAGGUCUAUGGGCCUUAUAAGGCAAAAUUUGAGGCCCUGAAGGCUGCGUAUCCUGGUCGACGGCUCCUCAUUGUCUCCAAUACAUCAGGAGCCCUCAGCUAUGAUCCGAGCCGCAAGUUGGCCACAGAAGUUGAGAACGGGACUGGUGUCACGGUGCUACCUCACCAAACAAAGAAGCCUGGCUGUGGUGCUGAGAUUAUGGACUAUUUCCGCCACCACCCAGAGACAGGCGUGACAAGUCCACACCAGGUAGCCAUAGUUGGCGACAGACUUUCCACCGACAUGAUGUUGGCCAACAUGAUGGGAAGUUGGGGUAUUUGGGUGCAGGAUGGUGUCAUUCCUCUGCAUCAGAAGAGCAUUGUGAGUCUUAACAAACACUCUAGACAGCUCAACUAUCUGACAUACAAGUGA